UAUGAAUGUGUGUAAAUGGAUUAAUCUUGUAGGUCGGGUGAAACGGCAUGGGUUAACAUAUUCGGCUUCCUGAGGUUUUGAAUCGUUUUUUCUUUUGUUUAGGAUUCUAUUUAAAUUCUUGCUGAAAGUGUGAUUAUUUUUAAACGUGCCGUUUUUCCUAAUGAUUUGCAUGUGCAUUUUUUGCAGCUCUCUUCAUAUUACGUUAUAUUGGGUAUUUCCUUCUAAUCACCCACGCGAUUUGUGGAAGGAUGCGGGAAUAGACUAUAGCACCGAAGGUUAGGUCCAGUUUUCCGGUCCCCCAUCUUCACCGAUGAGACGUGCCUGUUUAAGGCACUGUGAAUAAUUCCUUGGUCCAGCGGCUUAGUUGCUAUGCCAGUCUAAUUCAGUUAUCUUUGUUCAUAUUUUUUUUAUGGAGCAGACAUAGCUGGUCUUUUUCUUUUGUUCUUUGUAGCUAAUUUACAGCACUAUACAUGCAGCUUUCUGCAAAUAUUGCUCUCUUGUCACGUUAGUUGUCGGGAGUGAAUUGGGAAAGGGGGGGAGGAGUGAGUUAGGCGGAGUGAAUCGAAUAGUUGCAGACUGGCUUUGUGGUGUCUAAGUCGGCGCGUGAGUACACCCCACCCCUCUCUCGCUCUCUCGCCCACCCUGUCCGCUGGUCCUACCCCAAAAUGCGCCUAUCCUAGGUGCCUCUCUCCUUUUCCCCAGUCCAAAACCAGUUGUAGGGGUAUGGAUGAGCCUGGGAUGCAGCGCCGACCCUGAGCGGAACAAGGGAACGCAAAGGAGGGAUGCUGGCUGAGUGCGAAACGAUGCACUGAUAAAUGAUUCCGCGGUGCAUCUGCCAAAAGGGCUGUAAAAAGUCUUAAUCUAAAUAAAGGAAAGACACUUUCUCCGCCGUUACCGACAUGUUCUGAAGCGAGGGGCUGAAUGAUGAAGGCGGUGCUGAGGACCAAAAGACGGCGGCAGUUCCGCCGGCUCUGCUGCCUUGGAGCGGGGCUCGUAGCUGUCACCUGGCUCGCACAGCAUUUACAUGUAACAGACACAAAGUCCCCCGGAUCUGUUCCUAAUGAGGAAAACACUUUGGACUGGUCCACACGCAGGCUGAUGCAGGAGAGAGAGGAGAACCAGACCUCCGACCAGCCAAGAGCAGCUAUCCAUGAGUUCCCGCAGGACAUCUUCACAAAGGAGCAGAGGAGACGUGGGGCGGUGCUCCUCCACGUGCUGUGUGCCAUUUACAUGUUCUAUGCUCUUGCGAUUGUCUGCGAUGACUACUUUGUCCCAUCUCUGGAAAAGAUCUCAGAGAACCUGCACCUCAGUGAAGAUGUGGCAGGAGCCACAUUCAUGGCAGCUGGCAGCUCAGCCCCAGAGCUCUUCACCUCUCUGAUAGGCGUUUUCAUCACAAAAGGCGAUCUUGGGGUCGGUACCAUCGUGGGCUCUGCGGUCUUCAACAUCCUUGUGAUCAUCGGGGUGUGUGGGAUAUUCGCUGGACAGACGGUGACUUUAACCUGGUGGCCUCUGUUCCGUGACUCUGUGUUCUACAUCUUCUCUGUCCUGGCCUUGAUCCUGGUGAUCUAUGAUGAGAAGGUUAUCUGGUGGGAGGCUAUAAUCCUCAUCUCCAUGUAUGGAAUCUACAUUCUGAUCAUGAAGUUUAACGCCCAGAUCUGGGCGCUUGUGACGCGGCGGUGUGGAGGUCCAGGGCUGCCCUGUCUAGGGAACAGGCGGCGCCAAGAUGGGGCAGUAGGAGAGGGAGGGGCUAACCUCGACACCUCCAUGGUCCUGCUAAGAAAAGGUCACCGCCCUGGGCAGGAGUCCCCUGUAAUGAUGGUGGACGAGCUCUUCAGCCUGCACCCCCACCAGUUUACCUUAUCGGAGGCCAGCCUGCGCAUCAUGAUCACGCAGCACUUUUCCCCCCGCACACGCCUCAGCAUGGCGGGGCGUAUGCUCAUCAACGAGCGACAGAGACUCAUCAGGAACCAGAGUCCAGGGGGCAGCAGUGGUAGCGGGGCAGGGGACACCCCCGUGAAAAGUAACUCUGGGGUGCAGGGAGGCUCCUGGGGAAUGGAAAACGGGGGGGCCAUGGAGGUCGAGAGGCAGCCCCUGGAGGAGCCCCGGGAGAGGGGAGAGGAGGGUGGAGCAGAGGGGGAGACGGAGACAGAGAACAUUCAGCCAGAAGACAUGGAGGAGGAUGAAGUGGACGAGACAUUCAGACCCCUCAAGAUGCCAGGGGGGCGCUGCAACCGUGUGAAGUGGCUGGUGUCCUGGCCCCUCGGUCUGCUGCUCUACUACACUGUGCCCAACUGUGUGUACCCGCGCUGGCAUCGCUGGUUCAUGGUCACCUUCGUGGCCUCCACGCUGUGGAUCGCCAUCUUCUCCUACCUCAUGGUGUGGAUGGUCACCAUCAUCAGCUUCACGCUGGAGAUUCCUGAUGUCCUCAUGGGCAUCACCUUCCUGGCAGCAGGAACCAGCGUCCCUGACUGCAUGGCCAGCCUCAUCGUUGCACGACAAGGCAUGGGGGACAUGGCUGUGUCCAACUCCAUCGGUAGCAAUAUCUUCGACAUCCUCCUGGGUCUGGGCUUCCCCUGGGCCUUGCGCACUCUGGUUGUGGAUUACGGGUCUACGGUGUUUAUCAACAGCAAGGGGUUGGUGUACUCCGUGAUCCUGCUGCUGGCUUCUGUGUUCCUCACGGUACUCAGCGUGCACUUGAACCACUGGAGGCUGGACCGGCGCCUGGGGGUCGGCCUGGUGCUGCUCUACUCCGUCUUCGUGCUCUGCUCCAUAUUCUUCGAGCAGCUGUAGCCUGCCCUCACGCUCCGUCAUAGCUGCCUGCACUGCUGACGCGGAGAACAUGCUUGUUCAUCUUUCCAUCCUGUUUGGUUUAGAGUAUUCCUGUCUCCCAUAACUACCCUGAUGUACUUGACAUUGGUUCAUCAUGAUGGCUCUCAAGACGUUUAUUACUAGCCUAGUUGAGGCCAGAGUGCGAGGGUUUGGGUCAAAGGCACAAGCCUUUGCCCCAAACCUUCCCUCCCCUCCUCUGCCCCUGUGAUCUGCUGUGAUCUGGAUGUAUAAACAGGCUGCAGGAUUUCAAUACUCCCUCGUCUAUUUUGAGCUGCAGACCUGGCAGCCGAUGUUGGGGACACAUCCAGAAAAAAAAACGAAACUGGUUUGUCCUCGUCCCCUUUGCCCAGGCCUUGUGACGUCAGAUGUGUAGCAGCAAUUGCUGGCAGUGUGGGGAUUGUGACCUCUAAAAAUGUCACACAGUUCAAGUUUCUCUGUUCAAACCAAGGGAAGUUUUAAAAGAAAACUGUAAAUGAACUCUAUAAUCAAGUUCAUAUGUAAUGUGAAGAGGCAGAACUAUUGAACUAUGAUUUGGAAGUGCUGUUAAUAUUUUAACAUUGGGAAACUGACCUAUUUUUACCCUAGAGGCCAAAAGGAUAUGAAUCAUGGUUGUUUUCUACCAGGUGCAGUCAAAUCUACACAGGCACAAGUAUAGUAGAGAGGACUAUUUAACGUCCAUUACAUUGAGAUUGACCUGUUUUAGUAAGGUGUAGGCCUUGCAGUGAUCUACAAAUGUGUCACGGUUUGUAAUACGGCUAGACACUGAAUUAAAAAUGUUACAAUACAAAUCCAUAAAUAACAUAAAAAUCAAGCAAUGCAACUUCCAGGAGAAAAUAAUUGGCUGUGGAAGGGAUUUCUGUGUGUAAACGCACCAGAGACCAGUGCAGCAUGCAGGAAAUGUUUUCCCUACCAAUGGCUAAUGAACCAUCAAAGGCUCAAUGUGACCUUUCCCGCAUAAUCUAACUGUAAUCUACGAUAAGUCAAUAGCCGGGAAGGACAGGGAGGGAAAUUAAGGUAGUACAAUGAAACCCUUUUGUUUGAUCUGGUCAUACUGGUUACUUAUACAGUGCUAGCUAUAAGAGUUCCCACUGUGGAGAUCUGUUUGGCCCUCCAAUGCGCUAUUUGUUCCUCCUGAUCAAUUCUACCUGUCUUCAGGUCAGAUAUAUGACAUUUUCUACUAGUUUCUCCAAGAAAAAAAAAUUCUUCACAUUUAGUACAUUUCGGUUUUUGGCUGUAUUGGUCUAGGGUGUGGGUUUGGGUAGGAUCACUGGAGACAUGUCUCCGGCAAUAUUGUGGGAGUACCGUGUGUUCGGCGUCAAUGGUCCUCACCUGGGGAUGUGGUUUGAUGCUCAGUGAAUGGAUACAUGUUUCACACUGUUCAAUUCUCUGAAAGUUGUUGAAGAUUUGUUAUAAUGUCUGCACUAUUCUGCAUGACACAUCCCUUCUUAUGGAGUAAAAUGAAAUCCUUCUAAACAUUCAAUACAGAUUUUGAAUAGGUAUAAAUCUAUUUAAUAUGUGUUUAUAUAUUUUCAGCUGUCGCCACUUUUGAUAUCUUGUGUACGGGUCUAAUAUUACGGUUCACUGAGAUUAGGUACGUUUGAUGUUCAAGACAAAGAUACAGUCUGACCACUUAUUUAUGAGUAUUAUUAUAUUGAGCAAGUUCAGAAGAAACCUCACAUUACCUUUGCUAAGUGUUUACUAAACAUAUGCAUAGUUUUUUAAGAAUGGGUGUCAGAGAGUAUCUAGUUAUAUUUGUGAUGUAUUUUAAUAUUAAAUGAUCAUUGUUGUUACUAUGUUUAUAUUUCAGGUUACGUGUCCUUCCAAAAAAACGUGUUUAGGUUUUUUAGUAUCUAUAAAGGGAUUUUAAAGAAAGAAUAUUAUAUGUAUGCAGAGCCCCUUUCAUCAAAUAUGAAAAAAAUAUAAACUUAAUGUUUUGUUUUUUGUAAACCAGUGUAUAUACAGAGUCAUGAUACAUUCUAGGUAUUUUCACUUCGGCAACUUUCGUGUUAGUUGCAAAUCCCUUGCAUGUUAUUAGGAGAGGGACAGAGUCAUUUAUAGGUGUGUCCAUCAUGCCCAAGUCCAACCUGGAGCCACAUUUCUUCUAUGGUCCACUGAGCGAGGGGUUUAAACAUUCGAUUUCCUCUUAUUUUGCUAAGUUUACAGUUAACUGUUGUUGACAUCCUCACAUGUUUCUGUAAUGUUUUAACAUUUUGACUGUAACUGCAAUGCCAGAAUUAAGCUUAUCCUCUCCUAGCAUCUGCCAGAAAGGUUUCUAUCUGUUGCUCAUGUGCUUUAGGUUAAACUCUUGGCCUCCAGAUUGAUGAGGAAGAGGAACCAUAGUGGCAAUCAUGAGGAAAACCCCUAACAGCAUAUUAUUCAUCAUGUCAUUGCAAAUGGCUAAUUUCUUACUAAGGCUUGUAAUUAGUGAGAUGGAUAAUCAAUUUAUUAUGUUACAGCAGCCAUUUGAGAAUGUCACAUGCUGGCUGGUGUGGAUCCAUUUAGAGGUUUCUGGAACAGUAGCUAGAAUCAUAAGGAACUGAAAUUGAUGGCUAAAAGAGAAGUCAGAAUAUCCCAGAUUGCAAUUUGUCUUGUUUUAGAAAUGUGAAGAUAACAGAAGAUAAUGAUAUUGUGUAUGUGGUUGGAGUGCAGCCUGGAGGCUAUAUGAACCUAACCAUCGGGUAUCUGCUUACACUGAUUGGGAAUUUUUUUUUAUUAAUUAGCAGCACAUGUUGUACUUGCAGAAAUAGGUCAAGCGGGUAGCGAAAACGGAUGGAUGAAUGGAUGGAUGGAUGGAUGGAUGUUUUACGUGAAAAACUAAUAACUGAAAUUGUGAUUGUUUUGUCACUAAUUUUAUUUAUUGACCACAGAAUCAUAAAAUAUAAAGUAUUGACCAAAAAAAAAAUCAUAUUUUAGAAAAAAUACUGCGCAAAGUUUCACCUGAAGUCUAAAGCUACUGUUUUUGAGGUAGAUGUGCAGUUCAGACAUUUUGAAAUGCAUUUCUUACUCAAUUCUGUUCUUACUGUUCUUACUGUUCUGUUCUUACUGUGCUUACUGUUCUUACAGCUGACAUGCUAUUUGUUUUUGCCAUUUUGCCGCAACAACUUUACAGUCCAAAGUGAACACAAGAAAACAUUCCUGUUCCCUUCACUUUGCCUUGUUUAUUCUUGUCACCGCUGUUCCAUGCUUGCCCUCUGUCAUUUUCUAUCGAUUGCCCUGAGAAUUAAACAACUGUGAUGAGUAGUAUUCACACUGGGGGGGGGGGGGGGGUAAUAUUUAGGGGUGGCUUCUCAGUUGUCUCACACACAGACACGCACUAAGCAGGCAUGAAAGACCAUAAUGCUCUGCUUAGCGUCUCCUUACUGGCGUCUGUCCACCGUAGUGCCCGAGUGUGGAGAGGACCAUCAAUAGCAGAACACCCCCAUGGAGACUCUCGCCACCCCCCCACCCUCCCAAACCACUUCUCUCUGGAAUGAUAAAACAUAACAUAACAGGUCAUGAGUCUACAGCUGGGUAGGGGGUGUGAAAAGUGUGUUUAAAUGCUGAGCAAUGAAUCUCAGUAUGCUAACAAGGUGUGAUGUGAAAUGUGUUCCAGAGGCUGGGGUCCUUUGGGAAUGCAGCUCCCUGUCAUUUCAGAUUUCGGCACAAUGCUUGUAUUGUUCGAAAAAAUGUACAUUGUUGAGUGCAAUAAACAACAGUCUGUGCAA